ACUACUUAAUUAGCUAAGGUUUAGCUAUAGCUAAGCUCACUGACUAUGCAUGAAGCUUCCAGAGGCAGUGAGGCACCACAAAUUUUCAGACACAUGCUGGCUGGAGUAGUGUAAAUAUACACACACACACACUCUCUCUCUCAUAGUAACAGGGCUCAAGGGCCAACAAGAUUAGCACUCACUGGUUCUUCUUCCUUGUUUAUUUGGUAAUUACUCUGUCCCUGAUUCUUCUCCGGCUCCGGCGAGAUCAUGUAUCUUGUGAAGGAUAUCGGCGGCGCCAUUGCGCUGAUGGGCGUGUCACUGGUGCUCCUGGGCACAUGGCCGGUGGUCCUCGCCGUGCUGGAGCGCCGCGGCCGCCUCCCGCAGCACACCUACCUGGACUACUCCAUCACCAACUUCCUCGCCGCCCUCCUCGUCGCCUUCACCUUCGGCCAGAUCGGCGCCGACACGCCGGAGACGCCUAAUUUCCUCACACAGCUCACCCAGAUGCAGGACAACUGGCCUUCAAUCUUGUUCGCGAUGUCGGGUGGCAUCUUUAACGGCCUAGGGACACUGGCCACGCAGUACGGGUGGGCGUUCGUCGGGCUUUCGGUCACCGAGGUCAUGGCGUCAAGCCUGAAGGUUGUCAUAGGGACAACACUGAACUAUUUUCUCGAUGGCCGGAUCAACAAGGCGGAGAUUCUUUUCCCCGGUGUCGGAUGCUUUCUGAUUGCAGCCUGCCUUGGAUCUCUUGUUCACUCUUCCAAUGCUGCUGACAACCAGGAGAAGCUGUCUAGUGCCAUGGUGAACCACAGCAACACCAAUGGGGACACUGAAAAUGAAGAACUCACCAAGCACCUCCUUGAGAUAGAACAACCCAAGGAUUGUGAAGAACAAGAGCCUGAAGUGGCACCGGCUGCCCAGGCUGUGGAAAAACUAGAGGCAGGAACAGCUGAUUUCCUGGUUGACCUUGAGGGGAAGAGAUCUAUUAAAGUGCUCGGAUCGAACACCUUCCUGGGCCUCGGCAUCGUCACCUUCGCCGGCGUGAGCUACUCCCUCUUCUCGCCGGCGUUCAACCUCGCCACCAACGACCAGUGGCACACGCUCGGGGAGGGCGUCCCCCACAUGGUGGUGUACACGGCAUUCUUCUACUUCUCCCUCGCCUGCUUCGCCAUCGGCAUCGCCCUCAACAUCUGGUUCCUCUACCACCCCAUGGUCGGCGUGCCGCGGUCGUCGCUCACGGCCUACCUGAAGGAUUGGAAGGGGAGGGAUCUUGCUCUCGUCGCAGGCAUGGUGUGUGGCCUUGGCAAUGCGUUCCAGUUCAUGGCUGGGCAGGCUGCUGGGUAUGCUGCUGCUGACGCUGUCCAGGCGUUGCCGCUGGUGAGCACGGUGUGGGGGAUCGUGCUGUUCGGCGAGUACCGGAGAUCGUCGCGGCGGACUUACACUCUCCUGGGGAGCAUGCUGUUCAUGUUCGUCGUCGCCAUGGUCAUCCUCAUGGCGUCGUCGGCGCACCGGAGGCCGCUCUGAUGGCGGCCGGCCGGCGGCUGCCGUCGACCUCCUCCUCUCCUCAUGGACAUGACCGAGAAACAUCAGAAGAAGAAGAAGAAGCUGCAUAUGUACAGCUCCAUUGAUCUGACCACAUCAGUGUGUAGUUCCUGACCUUCUCGACGUAGGAUCUAUGCAUAUUGCCUCCCGGUGCUUGCGCAUCGGCGAGGCUACACAUCAAUUAAUUUCUUCUGCAAUGAGCAACCAUGGGAUGGGGGAGUGAAUUUGGAGAUGUGAUUGGACUAGUAUAUAGUGUAAUGUUGUAAUAUAUGUCUCAGCUUCUUUGUGUGAAGCUUCUGUGAAGGGAACCAAAAUAAUUUUCAAAUGUAUAAAUUUUGAUCAAUGUUAUGAGGAGCUACUUCCUCCGUUUCACAAUGUAAGUCAUUACAUUCAUAUUAAUGCUAAUGAUUCUAGAUAGAUAUAUAUGUCUAGAUUCAUUAGCAUCAAUACGAAUGUGGAAAAUGCUAGAAUGACUUACAUUGUGAAAUGGAGGGAGUAGCUAUUAAGGCUAGCUCUAGUAAAACCAGAUUAAUAACCUUUUUGUAAUCCUCAAAGUAGAAAUGUUACAACUUUGACAAUGAAAGAAUCAAUAAUGGCAUUAUGACGUCA